AUGUCGUCGAGGCAGGAAGACUUUAGUGGUGACAACGAGCUUGCUGCUAACAAGGCACAGAACCCCACGACCCUAAUACUUUACACCCUGGGCUGCAUUGGGAGGCACAACAUCGUCAUUGCCUGCUUACCGAAAGGCCAGUACGGCACGAACUCAGCAUCGGUGGUUGCAACUCGGAUGGUAGGCACUUUCCCAUCCAUUAAGGUUGGUAUUGUGGUCGGUAUCGGUGGCGGCAUUCCACCAAAAGUCAGGCUCGGGGAUGUCGUGGUCGGUACGCCUAUUGAUCAGUAUCCAGGGGUGGUCCAGUGGGAUCUGGGCAAGGCAGAAGCAGAGAGUGGCUUCAAAAGGACUGGCAUGCUGAAUAAUCCCCCGGUGGCACUGCUGACGGCAUUGACAAAGCUGGAGACGAGGCAUGAGAUGAGCGGACCCAAAAUGUAUCAGUAUUUGGAUGACAUGGGGCAGAAAUGGCCCAAACUGUUGCCUAGGUACACUAGAUGUGAUUCUCUCGUGGACCCUUUUUUCGGUCCCAAUAAUUGCACUAGAGAGAGCCAACUCGGAGAAGGAUAUGUGCACUAUGUUUUAAUAGCGUCCGGUAACCAGGUUAUCAAGGACGCUCAUUUCCGUGAUAAUCUAAACAAGAGCCUCGGCGGGAAUUUGUUAUGUGUUGAAAUGGAAGCAGCUGGGUUGAUAAAUAAUUUUCCAUGUCUUGUGAUCCGGGGUAUUUGCGAUUAUGCCGACUCAAAAAAGACCAAAGAUUGGCAAGAGUAUGCUGCAGCUGUCGCAGCGGCGUAUGCAAAAGAGCUUCUUGAGUAUGUCCAACCAAGUGAUGUUGAUGGGGAGCGCCCAGUGAAGGAGAUGAUUGACAACGUCUUGGGAUCUGUAUCGAGAACUGAGACCAAUGUUGAAGCAAUGAAGUUGAACAUAGAUAGAAAAGAAGAACUCGAAGUCCUUGAAUGGCUUACACCAAUCGACUAUGGUCCUCAACACAGUGACUUCUUAAAGAGGAGACAGGCAGGAACAGGGCAGUGGUUCUUAGACUCUGCAGUAUACGAGGCAUGGAUAAGCUUAAACAAGCAGACUUUAUUCUGUCCCGGUAUUCCCGGCGCAGGGAAAAAAAUUCUGACCGCAGCAGUUACUGAUGAUAUCACUGCCCGAUUCCUACAUGACAAAUCCGUUGGGGCUGCGUAUGUCUACUGCGAUUUCCGCCGGCAAAGCGAGCAAAGCGUCGAAGACUUAAUAGCAAACCUUCUAAAGCAAUUAAGCCAAUGCUGGCCUUCCCUGCCGGAUAUUAUAUAUAAUAAUUGUCAAACAAGGUUUAUCUCCGAGUGUCUGAAUUUCCAGGCAACGUGCGAUUCAACGACUGCAUGGAAAUUGGAAAUCCGCGCACAUGAUCAAGAUGUUCAAAAAUAUUUAAGAAGUCGGAUAUUACAAUGUGAAUCGAGGCUGCUGACCUCACACAGUGAGGAGAUUCAAACUGAUAUCACAAAGGCUGUUGAUGGAAUGUUUCUGCUAGCGCAACUUCACUUCGACGCAGUGAAGUCGAAAAAAACAACCAAAAGAGGUUCUGAAGCAUACAAUGAUACAUAUGAAGAUGUGAUGCAGCGAAUUGAAGGGCAGGAUAUAGAUUCAUGGAAGCUUGCACACGAUGUUCUAUCGUGGGUCAAUUGUGCAAUAAGACCGCUGAAUACAUUAGAACUUCGAUAUGCAAUUGCUGUGGAAGCUGAGUCCGGAUUCGACAGAGACAACCUUCUAUACCUGGAUGAUAUUAUCUCUGUCUGUGCAGGUUUGGUCACAGUUGACGAAGAAAGUGAUGUCAUUCGAUUGGUACAUUAUACAGCACAAAAAUUCUUCCAACGAACGUGGACAAGGUGGUUCUCAGACGCACAUCAUGACAUUGCAACAGCUUGCGUGACAUAUCUCUCUUUUGAUUCCUUCAAAAUAGGGCCCUGUUCCACAGACAUGGAAAUGGGCUUGAUAAUAGCCCUGAUUGAAGAUAUACCCAGGCUAAAUGCCUGUGUACAAGGCCUCUUUGCCCGCAAAGAGUUGUUCACAGGACUACAUCUUGCGGCAUACUUUGGGCUAGAAAAUGUGGUCCUUUACAAGAUUCAACAGGGGGAACAGUCUGAAGUUAUAGAUUCAUUUGGUCGAUUCCCCUUGACAUGGGCAGCCUUUAAUGGGUACAUGGGAGUAGUUCGGCUCCUGCUGGAAGGAAUUGUCAAUCCAGACACAGGAGAUAAUGAUGGUCGAACUCCACUAGCGUGGGCAGCAUGCAAUGACUACGAGGGAGUGGUCAAACUUCUCCUGGAGAAAGGCUUUCACCUAGGCUCGAAAGAUAUCUUCAGCCGUACUCCACUAUCAUUGGCCGCCUCGAAUGGCUGUGUGGGAGUGGUGAAGCUCCUAUUGAAGAAAGGCGUUGAAGUAGCCUCGAACGAUCAAGCAGGUCGAACCCCACUGGACUGGGCAUCCUACUACGGUCAUAAGACAGUGGUCGAACUCCUUUUGGGCAGAAGCCCUGAUAGGCAUCCGCACGCCAUUGAUGACCAUGAAGUUCGACACCAGGACCAGCAGAGGCAACGACUUAGGGAGCCCAGCUUGGAGAGUGCCGGGACUCCUACGACAAAUGGCGACAGUCAAAGCCGGCCACUGUCUCAGAAAGUCGCCUCGCCUCAGACUGUGCCCUCCCAUCACUUCGAGUGGUAUUGCCGGCUGUGUUCUCCCGAGGAAAGCCGCUUGUAUAUAACGCUCGGGGCUUUCAAGCGACAUAUAGGAUUGACACACGCCGUUCGGUUCCAUUAUUAUUGCACUGACCCUCACUGUCCUGAUGCCAUUGCACGCAACCCAGUUGCCCCAAGUCCUGAUAGAUUUCAGGCUCAUAUAACCACGAAACAUGGAAGGUGGGCAAGUAAACAGGAAAUAUACCAAUCCCGACAAGAACAGCCACAUCCUCGUUUCUGUCUAAUUUGCGAUACACGCGUUCGCUCGCGGCAGGAGUUCUACAAUUGUGUCAGUCGCCACUGUCAGCGUCAGCGUUCUUCGGCUGUCACCGACGAACGGAGUGCCGGUGGCUCGCAAAAGACAGGGCUGAAACUGCGCAUCAAUGAUGAGCCUGGCCGGUCACUCACCGCUCCUGAUUUGGCACGCAGUGGCGAACAUGCACAGCAAGAUUACCAAAUGCAGUUGAUGUUGCUAGAACAGCAAAUCAAACGGCGUCGAUAA